AUGCAAGGAUUAGAACACCUAUCUCUCAAACAUUGUGAAAUUGGGGUUCCAUCAAUGUUUAAUGGAUUUAGUUUGUUGAAGAGCCUGAUAUUAUCCGAGGUUUACAUCACUGCCACUAUGCUUCAACGUAUUCUUACAAGUUGCCCACUACUUGAGCAAUUUACUUUGACUGGAUAUGAGUUUGUAGACUUUACAGAAGGAAACACGUGUACAUUUGUUGAGUUGUUUAAGUGUUUACCUUCGGUUCAAGUUGUGAACAUCUCUUGGUUUCAUGAUGCGGACUUCUAUGCAGGUGUUAGGUCACAAAAGCUCCCCACUUCACUAGCCUACUUGAGGAUACUUGUUCUUCAAAUGGUUUAUUGUAAUGAGCAAACUUUCACUACUUUGCUUGAUCCUGAAGACUAUUCGGGCCUCAACCUGGAUCAUCUUAAAGAACUGGAGAUAACAAACUUCCGUAACCAUGCUCUUGAGAUGGAGUUUCUGAAGCUCAUCAUGGCUAAGUCACCUGUGCUGAAGAUAGCACGAAUCGAGCUCAGUGCAUCAGUUUCUGUUGAUGCAGAAGUUAUGAUGCUUCUGAGAUUUGUUAAACUUGCAAUUUCCACGUGCAUCACCAGCAGCCAAGCUCAUUAUUGA